AUGUCCAUCGAUCUAGACUGGGAUGGAAUGAUCAACAGUGAUGAGAUCGAUGUUGCCGAAUGGCUGCGCUCGCUUCUGGACAAGCAGUUCCAGCAGCUCGACCUGCCUCGGAACAUUCGGUCCGUGUCCAUCACCACUCUGAGUCUUGGAACGAUCCCUCCCGAGCUCGAAAUCAAGCACAUCAGCGACCCGUUCCCCGAGUUCUACGCGGAGGAAGAAGCGGCUGCCGACUCGCACUACUUGCCGCCGUUACACCCCCCGCAACAGCGCAGAUCGGCACCCAGCACCCCCCACAUCCACACAAACACAACCAACCCGAUUGAUCGAGGGAUAGCGUCAUAUUUCCACCCCCUUGGCAGUGCUCCGCUCAUGUCCGGGCUCAGAACGCCCCUUAACAUUCCCUCCUGGGCCACAAAUGGACACACACGAACCAGCAGUCGGCUGCCUCUCAACACGCCGAUUGAAGCCGAAAUAGUCGAGUCUGUGCGUGAAUCAACAGCCCCAAGGACGCCGGAGGAACGCGAACAACAACCGGUACCGGAGGACCGCGAAGACGAUCUUCAGGUGCUGUUUCGAGUCAAGUACACCGGUGAUAUCCGUAUCGGAGUCGAGGCUACUUUACGGCUAAACUAUCCCUCGGACGACGUAGUGUUGCUUCCCAUGAAACUCCAUCUGUCGCAUAUCAACAUCAACUCGCUGGCAAUAAUGGCAUACAUUAAAAAGUCCAUUUAUCUGAGUGUUAUUUGCGACCUGGACGACUCGGACCAUGCUGUGGCACGAACAGGAAGAGAACGACUCGAUAUCAUUCGUGACGUCAAGAUUGACAGCGAAAUUGGACACCAUGAUACGAAUGGAGCUGCCCUCAGAAACGUCGGCAAGGUGGACCGUUUCAUUGUUGACAAGAUUAGGUCGCUGCUCAAGGCUGAAAUCGCCUGGCCCUCAUGGAUCAAGGUCAGCAUGGAGGAUGAGGACAGUGACGAUGAAGAGGGAGAGGAAGAGGGGGAUCAAGAAGACGAACAUUAG